CCCGGCGCUCACAGCAGCCUCUCCACGUUUCCAAGUAAAUGCCAACAGGCCACUACUUGAUUUUCUACUCCGCUGUCAUUGGCGAGAUGCAGUGCCUGUCAUGCUGGGCCACAGGCAUGGACUUUCCCUGCAGUAUCCACCAUCAGCAGCUCGCUCUCGUCCUGCUUCCCCCAUUGGAGUUCCAUGUUGCCAUUCUCUACCCGCCUGCAAUCAACACUGAACGCCCCUUCUUUUCUCGGCUUUGCUUAGCGACCGUAUUGGCUGUCAGGAACAGGAACGACCACCACGGCCGAAGUGUCGUCCAAGAGACCGAACAGGGUUUCUGACUUUUAUGUAUCAUUUUAAGAGUUUUUCAUUAACAUAGACAUUGUCUUAUGUAUUAGAAAGUCCAUUCAGAAUGACAUUGAAAAGCGCCCGCGUACGUUUUUGUGUUUCGUUCGACACCGUGGAACUCAAGGGGGAUAUGUGCCUGACUUGUCUUGAUAGCCAUUUUUUUGCAGACAAAGAGAACUGUUGAGUAGUGUUUAUAAAAGACAAAAGGGUCUUGGUCUCCUAUCCAUGGAGAAAGUGGGCAAGAUGUGGAGCAACCUGAGGAGCCGAUGCCAGACCCUCUUCCACAGCGACAGUGCGGGACCCAGUACAGAGAACAGUGUGGUGGAGAUGGACGGUAUGCACUGUGUGGUGGACCUAGGACGGGGAGGCAAUUCAGGCGAGGCCCAGGCUUCUCGGGGCUCUAGCCUGUCCCGAAGCCUCUUGCCGCUCCCCAUGGUUACUGGGGGACGACGUCACAACUGUGUGUCGGACAUCCCCCAGAUAGUGGAGAUCACCAUAGACAGCAAAGACAGUGAGGAUGCGAGGGGGGGUCGUGGAGGAGUCCCUGUGGCCCGGAGAGACUCGUACUCACGCCAUGCACCUUGGGGGGGCAAGAAAAAACAUUCAUGUUCCACUAAGACUCAGAGCUCCAUGGAUACAGACAGGUGGUCAGGGCGUGCGCGCGGGGCCACUGGUCGGAGGGACCGUCGCUACGGAGUCAGCUCUAUCCAGGAAAUGGGGGACUCAGGGGGCGGGGGGCGCAGUCUGAGCGCCCGUUCCCUGCGCCAGCGGCUUAGCGAAACAGUGGGCCUGUGUCUCCCCCUGCCCCCCCGCCGCCGCUCGCGCUCUUCCAAGACCCCCACCAUCUCGAAGCGCAAGAUCCACCUGACAGAGCUGAUGCUGGAGACCUGUCCCUUCCCCCAGGGCUCGGACUUGGCCAACAAGUGGCACCUGAUCAAGCAGCACACGGCGCCCGUCAGCCCGCAUUCCUCCACGGCUCUGCUUGACGCCUUCGACACCGCCCACCCCUCCCCCGAGGACGAGGAGGAGCGUCUGCGCGAACGCCGCAGGCUCAGCAUUGAAGAGGGAGUGGACCCCCCACCCAACGCCCAGAUUCACACCCUGGAGGCCUUGGCGCAGGGCUCCUCUUUGUACAAACUGGGACCAAAGAUGGCCCCCGGCAUUGCAGAGGCCUCUGGGGAGGCCCGGGGCACCGCGGCCUGCUGCUCAGGAGUGGGGGUAUCGGUGCAGGUGCUCGGGGGGGCUACAGCCCAGUUGGCUGACUGUGACUCGGAGGAGGACUCAACUACCCUAUGCCUGCAGGCCCUGAGGCCCAAGCAGCGGCACGCGUCCGGGGAUGGCAAUCUGAGCCGGAACCAGCCUGGGCCAUGGAAGGUGCACACGCAGAUUGACUACAUCCAUUGCCUGGUACCGGACCUGCUGCAGAUCACUGCACUGCCCUGUUACUGGGGCGUGAUGGACCGCUACGAGGCGGAGGCGCUGCUGGAUGGACGGCCCGAGGGCACCUUCCUGCUGCGAGACUCGGCCCAGGAGGACUACCUGUUCUCGGUCAGCUUUCGCCGCUACAACCGCUCGCUGCAUGCCCGCAUCGAGCAGUGGAACCACAACUUUAGCUUCGAUGCCCACGACCCCUGCGUGUUCCACUCAUCCACCGUCACAGGCCUACUGGAGCACUACAAGGACCCCAGCGCCUGCAUGUUCUUUGAGCCGCUGCUCACGGCGCCACUCCACCGGGCCUUCCCUUUCGGCUUGCAGCACCUGGCACGGGCCGCCAUCUGCCCCCGGACCACAUACGACGGCAUCGGCGGCCUGCCACUGCCCCCGGCCCUGCAGGACUUCCUCAAGGAGUAUCACUACAAACAGAAAGUGCGUGUGCGCUGGCUGGAGAGGGAGCCGCCACUCAAGAUCAAAUAGUGGCGGGGUUCUGGCGGCCUGUGCGUGCCGCCGCGGGCUUAGUCAAAACAGGAAAAACUCCCAGCCAAUCAGGAGGUAAUACUGAACAUGGCACUUUUCAGUCAGGCAGGGAGGGGUAACUGGAGGGAAGGAGUUAGGUAAAGUGAUCUAUCCAAGAUUCAUUCUAAUCUCUUUGUUUUACUUAUUACUACUUACAUCACAUGGAAUACAUAUCUAUUAUAUUCAGUAUAAUGCUGUCUGGCAAGCACAUUUUUACUAUUGAAAAGAUUCUGAAAGGGAGAGCAUAAGCCUUCAUGCUUGGUCUCCCUCUCUCCUGUUUCAUUCUGUCAAGUGUCUGCCUGAUCCCACAGCAUGAGCUGCCUGCAUGGCCCCCCCUCACCCCUCCCCCAGUCUCGAUCUAGGCCCACAUGGUUAGCUAGCUAUGUUGUACAGUUCACUCAUACUUUCUAUCCUUCCUUUUUUUCCUGUUGCUUGAUCAAGCGACUAGAAGAAUGCCUGGCGGGCAUCGUGAGGCUUGAGGUGUGGAGUUGACAGUGGCUUUACUGGAGAGAGGGGGG